AUGGCGGAUCCCACGACGAUGGACACGUCGGGUUCGCAGGACAAAAAGGCUGUCCCCAAAUUCUCCAGUUUCAAGGCUCCUCUGGCCACUUCGGAAGCUGAUCGCGCGGCUGGAAAACAACGCCGCCAUGAUCACCGAUCCCGCUCUCCUCGACGAUCCAAAGAACACUACCGCUACCGGUCUCCCAGUCAGCGCUCUCAUACCACGCGUCGCAAUCGCUCCCAGUCCCCCUUGCGUGACCAGCGAGCUUCUCGCGAACGUCAGACAGACCACAAUCGCACAUGGCGUGACGAGACUGGCCGCAAGGAGGAGAAAAGACAUCCCCCAGCUGUCAAUCCUGCAUCUUCUGACCUUUCCCAUUUGAAAUCAGAAGAGCUCUAUGUUAUUGACACAGAGGGCGAUCGGUCUGUUCUGAAAUAUGGAACUGCGCAUCGUUAUGACAUCCCCUUGUACCGUCGAGCCGGGGAAGGUCAAGUGCUGGGCUUACCCGAGAAUUUGGCCAUUGAUCGAGAACACGCGGAAAGUGACACCAUAGUUUUACGAGACAAAAAUGCUGGUUCUCAAAAGCACAAAUUUCCUGGGCCGCUGUCCGGGCCUGUAAAACAGCCAACGCAGCUUUACCGCCUCCGCCAGGAUGCCAACCCUCCCGCCACCGAGGAGCUGAAGAGCGAUACCAUACUCCUCGAAUAUCCCAUUGAGAAGGCGUCUGGUGUCAAUACCGUUGAAAGCGACUCCGAUGAUGAGCGUUUUGCCUACCGCUCUAUUCUCGGCAAAGCGAAGACCGAAGAUGUCCUGCCCAAGGAUAUGGAACUUGUCACUGCCCAGGCAAGCAACAAUGAAGAGCAUCAAGUCAGUCUUGAUGCGGAGCGUCGAGCUCGUAAUGCCAAGCUAUCGCACAACUUGGCGUGUAACCCGAAGGACGUCGCAUCGUGGCUUGAGCUCAUCGACAAUCAGUCUGCUCUAGUUCUUGGUCCCGGAGAAGAUGAUCGUCACUUGACAUCUGCCGAAUGCAAGAGCGUGGCCGAUAUGAGGCUGUCCCUCUACGACAAGGCCCUGGUGAGUUGUGGCGACAGUGUUCAUAAGGAGCUGUUGGUGCUUGGCCGCCUUCAGGAAGGUGGCCAUCUCUGGGACAGAAAGCAGUUCUUCGAAGAAUGGGAAAAAACUUUGGGCGAAAACCCUGAGUCCAUGAGCCUUUGGUUGAAGUAUCUGAAUCUUCGACAAACAGAUUUCCAAGACUUUGCCGUGGAAGAUUGCAAGUCCUUGUUGGUCAACUACAUGAAGCGCAUCGACGCUAGUCCUCAUGAUUCUCGCUAUCCUCAAGUCCAAUGCUAUCUGCUCUUGCGUCUAACCCUUUUGCUUCGCGAAGCUGGCUACACUGAGCUUGCAGUCGGUCUUUGGCAGGCUGUACUUGAAUUCACUUGUUUUCGACCGGACGCUCACUCUGAGGGACAACGCGACACAGUUCUUCUGCAGUUCUGUGAAUUCUGGGAUUCCGAGGUUGCACGUUUGGGCGAGCUUAAGGGACAUGGCUGGCGAAGCGAUAAGAAUCACAAGGUUGACCCUGUCACUCGUCCGCUUAGUGCCCAUGUCGACGUUUCGUCCCUUGUCUCAUCUUGGACAAGUUCUGAGCGAAACUUUAUCCAAAACCUCAAGAUGCCAGCCCGAAGUUUGGACAUUCAUGGAGUCAAUGUGGAUACUGCUUAUUCGGUAGUUCUCACAUCAGACCUCCUUCACAUCCUGCCCUCAUUUUGGCACGCGCCUGUACCUGACGAUAUCGUCAAUGCCUUCUUGUACUUCUGCCACCUACCGCAUCUGACGAGAGAGGGAAAUGCUCAGACAACUCGGCUUUGGGACGGCGACAAUUUUCUGCGAAAUGAAUCCCUGGACACGAUUAAAGGCUAUCUCUCCGAAUCGCUCCCGCCGGGAAUUGACGCCUCACAAACGACCUUUCCGCCGUUCUCAUUCCCAGUCACGAGCUUCUUGCACACGCCAGAGACAUUGUUCGCUCCAGAAAAUUGGUUUUAUUCUCUUCAAUCGUGGAGCACGGCCCUCUCUGGCCAAUCACACACUCUUGACACAGAUUGGGUGCGACGGACCCUACAAUCUUUGGCUGAGCGUUUUCACCAAGAUGAUGAUUUGGCCGAGUAUGCUCUAGCAGUGGCAUUCGCUUGCGAUCGUCGAGCAGCAACCAAAUUCGCCAAAAGCUUGUUGAACAGCCGUCGUUCCAGUUUCAAGCUUUACAAUGCCUUUGCUUUGAUGCAGUGCCGCUUGGGUGCGCAAGAUUUCGCUUACCAAGUCUGGUCCCAGGUUAUCAAUGACAACUUGAACUGCGGACCUCUUUGGAACACGUGGGCUUGGGAAAUGCUUCGGCAGGGUGACAUCUCAAGAACUUCCCACCUGCUCCAUACCAUGCUUCUAGGCAAGGUUGACUUGAAAGCAUUCCAUGCUGCUACUGAACAGAAGGAGUAUAGCCCUUUCGAUGAUCUCAGGCUUCAGAAGAUUUUGCGUCGGUUUUGGGAGCGAGCACUUGCCGAGAAGAUGCCUCACGUGUAUGUGGCCUACAUUGACUGCCUUGCCCUCCUUCAAUACAUCUCAGCGAAGUCACUGGAUACGGCCCUUGAUGUUUACGUUUCCGGAGUAUUGAACUUGGGACACCUAUCAGAUGAGGAGGAGACUUUCAAGGCGUUUACCUCCGAACUCCUCCACCAGGCACGAGCCAGGCUCAUCUAUUUCCACGUAUCUCAGAGGGGACAAUUCCAGCCCCGCCGGGUGCAAAUCCUUUGGGAGGAGAGCGUGAAACUGUUCCCCCUGAACACCAUGUUCAGGGCCCUCCAUAUGUGGAAUCAGUCACGUUGUUCAUUUCUUGAUCGAAUUCGUCCUCCACCGGAUUUUGAACAACACGAGCUGCGGGGCCGCUACAGGCUGGAUCCCCAAUCUAGCGUGUCACCCAUUGUCGUUCAGAAGAUACCAGUGACCCUCCACUUGUUCAAUCUCUACGUGAAUUUUUGUCGCCCGACGUUCGCGGGAGGGAAUUUGCACACUGUGCGGGCGGCAUUCGAAACAUCCCUCGGCGAGCACGCGGACAGAGAUGCGGCCCCUACAGACCUUGGCGAUUAUACCGCUCGGUCAAACAUCACCAUCUGGAAACUCUACUUCUUGUUUGAACUUGACCGGGCUCAGGACAUCAAGGCGGCGAAGUCCGUCUUGUUACGUGCCAUCGUUGCCUGUCCCUGGUCGAAGGAGUUGGUGAUGCUUGCCUUUGAGCGUCUGGGUUGUCACGAGGACGGCAUUACCUUCAGCGAAUUCCGUGGGCUUUACGACUCGCUCGAAGAAAAGCAAGCUCGAAUCCACGUGAAAAUCGAGGAGGAGCUGAGAGAAGUGACCGUCCAGAGGGCGGCCGCUCAGGCCCAGGCCGAUGCUUGGCUGAACGCCCUGGGAGCGCAGAUGGAGGGAGUUGAAAUGGGGUGA